UGUGGUUUCUUCUUAGAAGUUUGUCCCCAAUUUACAGUGAAAGCAGCUCAGCUCAAAUGCGAAAGAAAGAAUCUCCUUUUCUUUUGUUACUGAGCAGAGACCGUUCUUGUCUCCAUUCUUGAUUCCUUCACGCUGAACAACAUGAGCAUGGAGUGACUUUUGUGACACACCUCUUUGGAACGUUUCUUCUGAGUUGUGAUUGUUGUCUUACACUAACGUGAUCCGGACUUGUACUCUUAGCAUGGUGAUGGGUUUGGAAAAGGAUCCUCGUGUGUUUUUAGAUGUCUCAAUUGGCGGGGACCCUGUGGAAAGAAUUGUAAUACAGCUUUUUGCUGGUGUUGUUCCCAAGACAGCUGAGAAUUUUCGGGCACUCUGUACAGGGGAGAAGGGCAUUGGGGCAUCCACGGCGAAACCUUUGCAUUAUAAAGGGACAAGUUUUCAUCGAAUAAUUAAAGGUUUUAUGGCUCAAGGUGGUGAUUUUUCAAGGGGCAAUGGCACUGGUGGAGAAAGUAUAUAUGGAGGAAAAUUUGCAGAUGAAAAUUUCAAACUAUCACAUGAUGGACCUGGUGUUCUUUCCAUGGCUAAUAGUGGAGCUAACACAAAUGGGUCUCAGUUCUUUAUUACCUUUAAGCGGCAACCACAUCUUGAUGGUAAACACGUUGUUUUUGGGAAAGUUGUCAUGGGAAUGGACAUCCUGAAGAAAAUUGAGCUGGUGGGAUCUUCUGAUGGGAAACCUGUUCAGCCUGUCAAAAUUAUUGAUUGUGGUGAAGUUUCAGAGACAAAAGUCCAGCAUGCUGUUGAGAAGGACAAAGGGAAAAAGAGAAAAUCAGGGAAAUCUGUAUCUCCUGAUGAUGGUUCUGCCAAAAGAUCAAGGGGUAGAAGGAAAAAAACUUCAAAAGAUACUAAGAGAAGGAAGAAGAGAUACUCAACAUCAGAUAGUGAUGGUAGUGGCAGUGACAUGGAUAAGCGCAAGCAUGAGAAGAAGAGGAGAAAGGGACAAAAGCAUAGAAGGCGCCAGCACACUAGAAGUAGAAGAUCAAGACACAAGUCCAAAUGGAGUUCAGAGGAUUCAAGUGAUACAGAAAGUGAAAGUUCUAGUGCUAGUGGCAGUAGUUCUGGCAAGGAAAAGGCUGAUCGUCGUGGCUCUAGAUCUAAAGCACUUGCUGACAAUAAACCACAAAGGAAUUUAGACACAGGAAAGCAAUCUUCUAGUCCCCCUAUAAAAAGUAAAAGUAUUUCAGAACAAGGGAUGGAUACUAAGGCUAGAAGAACUGUGGACAAGGAAUCACAUGAAGAAGGUGAACUGUCUCCGGAAAAUGAUGAACUUCUGAAUAAUGGGCAUGAUACUCGGGCCAAACUUAGUAAACCUUCUAAGCAACAGACCUAUUCAGAUGAUUCAGAUCAGAAUAGAGGUGCAAGUCCUGGAAGAGGUCCUGCUGGGAAGUCUGGGGAGCUAAACCAGGGACACAGUGUAUUGGCUAGUCCUGGUCAAAAAGCAUCUGAACCAGCAUCUAAAACCCAGGGCUUUUCGAAAAGUCCUUCACCACAUGGUAUGCCUAAGCGUAUAAAAAAAGGACGUGGCUUUACAGAGCGCUAUGCCUUUGCACGCAGAUAUCGUACUCCAUCUCCUGAACGUUCUCCCCCUGCAUAUCGUUAUGGCGAUAGAAAUAUUAGAAGGAACUUUGACAGAAACUCAAGCUACAGAAGAUAUUCUGAGCGCUCCCCUCCAAGACGUUUCCGGAGCCCACCAAGGGGUGGAAACCGUCCAAGAUACCAAAAUAGAAGAAGUCGAAGUAGGAGCAUCUCUCGCAGUCCAGUGCGUGGCCGUUUUAGAGACCAUGGUCGCAGCCAGAGUCCAGUACGUAGUCCUAGUCCUGAAGACAGGAGGCCUCCAAUAAGUGACAGAUUGAAAUCCCGACUUGGUCCUCGUAAUGAUCUACCCUCUCCGGACAAAGGCAGGUCAAGGUCCAAUUCCAGGAGUAACAGAUCUUCUAGUUCCAGAUCACCUGAUGCGACGCCACCAAAACGACGACAUGAUAAAAGGACAUCAUCUCGAAGCAGGUCUAGAUCAAGCUCAUUGUCUGGACAAAAGGGGUUAGUUUCUUAUGGAGAUGCAAGUCCUGAUUCUGGGGCAACGUAGGUAUGGUGCUAGUAGUAAAUCCCAAGCCUUGACAGGAGCUAAAAUUGCUAUACAUCCUAUAAAAAUAUCCAGUUGGUGGGAAAUGUGGCCAUAAUUUUUGUCUGCUUAUUCAUCCGCUUGUCCUUAGUUGAAUUAGGAUGUUAAACCUGUAGAGCCUAUUUUAAGUGUUACCAUUUAACUUUAACCAAGUCACCAAGUCUCCUGAAGCCGUUUAGUUCAAGUAGGUUGUUGGGGCCAAAACUUUUAAGAGACGCCUCUUAAACUGGUUCCAAUUGUACAUUAUCUUAAGCUGGCAUUGUUGUGCUCAUUAUUUUCUUGAGAAUAAUUUGUGAACAUGAUAACAUCUCUCCCUUUGUUUCUGACGUGUCAUAUUUUGGUUGUGAAAUGUUAAGUCAUUGGUGUUCUACCUCA